AUGUACUAUGAUCUAAAGAAGAUGUUCUGGUGGCCUGGGAUGAAAGAUUUUGUGACCGAUUUACCGAGGACUAGGUCGGGAUUUGAUGAGGUUUGGGUAAUCGUGGAUCGCUUAACUAAGUCUGUUCACUUUCUGCCUAUCCGAGUGAACUAUUCGAUAGAGGAGUUGGCGAGGUUGUACAUCAAGGAGAUUAUAAGGUUGCAUGGAGUGCCAUCGAGCAUAGUGUCGGACCGUGAUCCUCAAUUCACAUCAAGGUUUUGGGGAUAUUUUCAAAGAGCUUUCGCAAGUGUGUUGGGUCCUGAUUUGGUCGGAAAGACUAUUGAGAAGAUUAGAAAGUUUCGAGCUAGGAUUUUGACUGCACAGAGCCAACAGAAGAGUUAUGCGGAUCAUAGGAGAAAACCAUUGGAAUUUGAAGUGGGUGAGCACGUAUUUCUGAGGGUUACUCUGACAACUAGGAUUGGAAGAGCGAUUAAAACUAAGAAGCUGAAUCCGAGGCAUAUAGGGUCGUUUGAGAUUUUGAGACGAUUUGUGCCGGUGGCAUAUCAAGUAGCUUUGCCACCGCAUUUGUCUAACUUACAUGACGUAUUCCACGUGUCACAACUCUGUAAGUACACGUUGCAUGCGGCUCAUGUGUUAGAGCCCGAGUCGGUUGAGCUGAAGGAGAACUUAACUUUUCAAGUAACACCGGUGCAGAUUGACGACACUAGUGUGAAGAAACUGCGAGGAAAGGAAGUUCAAUUGGUUAAAGUUUCUUGGAAGAGAACAGGAGUGGAAGAGCAUACUUGGGAAUUGGAGUCCGAGAUGCAGAAGGAUUAUCCCGAGCUAUUCUCAAUGAAUUAUGAGCUUAAUGAUAUUGAUAAAUGUUGGAAAUGGAGGAAUGGUGUUUUAAGUGUAAUCAUUGAGAAUUUGAGGAAGGAUAUUUGGUAUUGA